AGCUCCAACAGCUCACGAUAACACAAAAAGAAUAAUUGACAAGAAAUCAAUUGCAUGAGGCGUUUGCCGUGCAGCCACAGAACAAUGAACUGCGCACAGCUUCUUAUGCGCAACAGCCUGCGGGCAAGCAGCCGCACCGCCUUUGCCAAAUCUGCUUCACAGUCCCAAUGCUUGAGGACGAGACCGGCGUCAUCAGCAUCCCGGACGAUCCACCGCAGACACAUGUCCUCGACCGUCGCUCGAUCCAACAAGACGCCGGCAGCCGAUGACCCCAACUUUGUAUCGAUUGUCGAUUUGCAGCCGCAGACUGUGCGCGCGGGGAAGCGCCAUGGCCCUGGAAUCAUUCUUCUCGCCCUCAUGCCCAUCACCGCCUUCAUCCUCGGCACAUGGCAAGUCCAGCGCCUGGGCUGGAAAUCCCGCCUCAUCGCCAAAUCCGAAGACCGCCUCGUCCGCGAUCCCCUCCCCCUGCCGCCACACAUCGACCCCUCCGUGAUUAGCGACUUCGACUUCCGCCGUGUCCUCGCCACGGGCACGCUGCGCCACGACCAGGAGAUGCUCGUGGGCCCGCGCAUGCGCAACGGCGAGGACGGCUACAUGGUCAUCACGCCGCUGGAGCGCAAGGACGGCUCCACGAUUCUCGUCAACCGCGGGUGGAUCAGCAAGAAGCACCGCAGCCAGAGGACAAGGCCGGACAGCCUGGUCAAGGGAGAGGUCACGAUAGAGGGACUGCUGCGCGAGCCGUGGAAAAAGAACAGAUUUACUCCUGAAAAUAGGCCCGACAAGGGGGAGUUCUACUUCCCCGAUGUCCACCAGAUGGCUGCCUUGACUGGAAGUCAGCCGGUGUGGGUGGAAGCCACUAUGGAGCCCGAGUUUUUACGCAUGAUGGACUAUGAAGCCCGUGGUAUUCCCUUCGGGCGACCCGCCGAGGUCACCCUGAGAAACAACCACGCCCAAUACAUCUUUACAUGGUAUGGGCUGAGCUUUGCCACCUCAAUCAUGCUGUACAUGGUGCUCAAGAAGCCCCCGUCCAACGUUGCACGCCGUGUCCGAGCUAGCGGGCACAUGUAAAGAAUGGCGAGACGCUGUAAGUGUAAAGAAAAGGGGCAAGGGUAAAGAGGAAGAGGAAGGGAGCUGUUACCUGCCGUCUUCGUCUUUCGUCUUGCUUUAAUAAUCAUCAUCCUCAGGGAACACCAAAGAUUCGUUAUCAGAUUCGCCAUCGUCGUCCUCAUCUCGCUUGCGCUUUUCACCUGCGUGGGUAGGAGAAGGGGGGCUUGGAACAAACGGGCGAAGGCCAGUGACAGAUUCUGACUGGGCAUUGACGAGAGGUUGCUGAACUUGAAUGCCUGACUGUUGGGCGACGGGAUAAGCGGGCUGGUAUCCGGGGUUGUUGCUUCUCAGCAGCUGCUGAAGCUCCCGCGGAAGGUUGUGGCUGGCCAGGUGGAAGAGAGAUUGUUCAGCGUUGAUGACGCGUUGUCUAUUAGUGUACAGUAUAUUGUUAGCAUCAUGGAAAGGCAUCAUGGAAUAUUCCCCAAUCAACAUGUAUAGAUAGAGAUAUUUUACAAUGAAAAGAUAGAGAAGAAAAAGAAGUACUCACCUGUG